GGCCCGGGAGGCGGGGCAGGGUCUGCCCCCGCGAGAGCUGCGCAGGCCGCGGCAGCUCGCUUCACCGUCCCCUCGCUCUCGUUUUCUCCACCUGCCUGCCGCACCAACAUGGGGCCUUCGCCGCGCACCCUGGAGCUCUUCUACGACGUGCUGUCUCCCUACUCCUGGCUGGGCUUCGAGGUCUUGUGCAGAUAUCAGAACAUCUGGAACAUCAAGCUGCAGCUGCGGCCCUCCUAUAUCGCAGGGAUCAUGAGAGACAGCGGAAACAAGCCGCCAGCUGUGCUUCCUCGAAAAGCCCAGUACAUGACAAAUGACCUUAAGCACCUGAAACAGCAUUUCCAGGUCCCCCUCAGCUUCCCCAAGGAUUUCAACUCCGUGAUUCUUGAAAAAGGAAGUUUGUCUGCCAUGCGGUUCCUCACUGCCGUGAACAUGGAGCACCCAGAGAGCCUGGAACAGGUGUCCAGGGAGCUAUGGAUGCGCGUCUGGUCACGGGAUGAAGACAUCGUGGAGCCCCAGAGCAUCCUGGCUGCAGCGCAGAAGGCUGGUUUGUCUGCAGAGAAAGCCCAAGACCUUCUAGAGAAGAGCUCCAUGGCACAAGUGAAGAAUCAGCUCAAAGAGACCACUGAGGAGGCCUGCAAAUAUGGGGCCUUCGGGUUGCCCAUCACUGUGGCUCAUGUGGAUGGCCAGACGCACAUGUUAUUUGGCUCUGACCGCAUGGAACUGUUGGCGCACCUGCUGGGAGAGAAGUGGAUGGGCCCUGUGCCUCCAGCCCUGAAUGCCAAACUUUAAGACUGUCUGGAAGCAGCCAGCUGUUGGUAUAAACAAGCAGGCCACCUGCUCAAGGUCCCUUGAUUUGUCAGUUCCAUUGGGAGCGUCCCUACCGGGCUGCCUUUCCUCUGCCUGUCCCCAGGAAGGGGUCUACCAUUGGCUGUGGUUGCCUUUACAUCUAAGCUUCACACAUGCCUUAUGCGGAAACCCAAAUUCUUCUUUUCCACAAAAUAAACCUGAGGUCAUGAGCCAAAA